UGCUUGUUCCUAGUUCUUGCAACAAUUUUGGAACAAGUUGUUAUCAUACUUAUACUGUUAUCAUCCAACAUGGAGAGCGGCCUCAUAAAUGGGGCAGUAUUUAUUAAUCUACGCAAAGCUUUCGACAUGGUAGAUACAGAUUUGUUAUUACGAAAACUUGCAGUUUACAGAUGCGAUGAUUUGACAUUAACCUGGUUUAAGUCAUACCUGCAAGAAAGAGACCAAUGUGUGCACUUUAAAGGAACUUUGUCAUCUAAGAAAUCUUCUCUGUAUGGUGUCCCCCAAGGAUGUAUUCUAGGACCUUUAUUGUUUAUAAUGUUUAUCAACGAUCUUCCACUAUAUGUCAAUUCCAACACAGACAUGUAUGCUGAUGAUUCGACAAUCCAUACAAGCGCUAGAACAGUUGAGGAACUCAAUAAUAAAUUAACUGAGGAUAUGACAAACGUUCAAGCUUGGUGUACUAACAACAACAUGGUAAUAAAUGACGGUAAAACGAAGGCAAUGAUGAUAACAACAUCUCAGCGCGCAGCCACAUUAAAUUCAAAUCUACGAGUAGAAUUUAACGGUGUCCCGUUAAAGAAUACCAACAAUGAGAAAGUACUUGGGGUUGUUAUGAAUGAACGCCUUUCCUGGAAACAGCAGAUUGACAAAGUAGCAAAGUCUCUAAUUAAAGGAAUUCAUCUUCUGAGACAGAUCAAAGAGUAUUUGCCUAUUGGUCACCGAGUAAUUUACUACCAGUGUUUCUUACAACCUCACAUAGAUUAUUGCUGUACAGUUUGGGGACAAUCAUGCCAUAUUAUUCGCAUACAUAAACUCCAAAAGUUAGCUCUGAGAAUUAUAUACGACAAACCGAAGCUAACCUCUUCUGGGCCACUAUUUAAAGCUGCUGGAGUCCUGCCUAUUCAGCAAAGAGUAAUGCUACGAACAGCAAUAAUGGUAUUAGCCUGCGAAUACAGACGCCUCACAUCGGGCGAAAUGUACUGCCCGAUAUAAUGGUAUAUAAAUCAUUAAACAACUGGGUACCCAAGUACAUAAGUGAUAUGUUUGUCUUAAAGUCAUCAGUGACAAAACGAAUUACAAGAAGCUCAGAGAACAACGAACUGUGGAUACCGCGAACGAAACUAACAAUUAGGCAGAAAACGUUGAAAUUCAGUGGUG